AUGGCAAUCCCGAACCCUCCAGUCCGCAGGCGCACGGUGCGACAACAAGGUCGCCCGUUCUAUAUCGCAAUUUUGAUCCUUACUCUAUUUGCAUGUUAUAGCUACCUGAGAGGCUUUGGAAAUGAUGCCUCUACUACAUCCCUCGCAGCUCGUUCACUCGAGGGGCGCGAUCUCGAGUGUCGACUUGUUCACAAGGCCAAAGAUAAAUGCGCGUUUAUAAAAGAAAACUGCCCCGACGAAGAAGCGGGCCUCAUAUCCUACCUCCGUUUCUAUUAUUGCUCUCUUGCCGAUGCGAAGCCCGUUGCCUUCACCAUCUUGGUGCUAUGGAUCAGUAUGCUUUUCAGCACUAUCGGAAUCGCAGCCUCCGACUUUCUCUGCAUCAACCUGAGUACAAUUGCGAGCAUACUUGGCAUGAGUGAGAGCUUGACAGGAGUGACGUUCCUGGCGUUUGGCAAUGGAAGCCCAGAUGUGUUUUCAACCUUCGCGGCUAUGAGUAGCAAUAGCGGGAGUCUGGCAGUGGGCGAAUUGAUGGGCGCAGCUGGCUUCAUCUCCGCCGUGGUCGCAGGAAGCAUGGCGCUCGUUGCGCCCUUCCAAGUCGCCAGGAAGAGUUUCGUUCGGGAUGUUGGCUUCUUUGCCGUGGCAGCAAGCUUUAGUCUGGUCUUUCUGGCUGAUGGCAGUCUGAAGCUCUGGGAGUGUGCUACUAUGAUCGGCUUCUACGUCUUCUACGUCAUCUUUGUCGUGACAUGGCAUUGGUGGCUGACCAGACGAAGGAGGGUGAAAUUGGCCGAAACCGCUGCGAGGCUUCAUCACCACAUCCCGGAUACUCAAGAGCUCGAAGUGCCGGAGUUCGAGGAAGACGAGGAAGCCCGACCGGCUAGCGAACGGACCAACCUGCUACGGUCAACCUCAGGCGAAACCAUCCCCACCUUGAGGACACCUGGGACUCCUGCGUGGAAAGUUGAGGACCUUGAUGACGAUGAUGAAACUCGGGAUCGUUAUCUCGCCGAAGUGCAAAGCAGGAUGAGAGUUAGCCGGCCAGGUCGAGGCGAACGACGAAACACAAUGACUCCGAUUCGACCAUCGUUGAUCGGUGCUCUGGAAUUCAGGUCGUUGAUGACCUCGCUGGAGAGAAGGGGUACUGGCGCAAGCACCCAACCUAUUGGACUACGAAGAUACUCGGACGACUCCACGGCCCUGAUCACCCCAGGGGCAGCCCCAAGUGCCUCUCAACCACAGCUUUCAGCAUCGGGGGAUUUGGAUAUUCGAGGUCAAUCACCCACUGGUCGCGGGAGAGCUGUAUCCGCCAACGACGCGGCGAAACUUAAGAUUGACACUCACUUUCUUGCCAACCACGCUGCGGACACUGCUGUUAGCAGUGAAUCGGCCUCGCUCGGCCCUUCCAACGAAGCGCCGAUUCGUCCGAGCCGCUAUAUCUUGCAAAACCUCAACGAGCCUUCUGCUCAACGAUCUGGCUCACCAAAAUUGACGUUAUCUCCAGCUUCAGGGAACCUGCCACAGUCACCCUCUGACCGAGAUGAGCUGCCCAAAACUCCACAAUUCCUCGCACCGCCGACGCCGACAUUCCACCGUCCUGAUUACACCACUGAACAUCAUACAGCCGAGCGUACCCCCGUAUCGCCUACUUCUCAUCCCACACUACACGUACCUCUGUUGCGCACGCCGCAUCCUGAGCACACUCGAUUUGCAUUUCACCAGGAGGAUUUCCCGCCAUAUACAGACUCACCAUCACUUCUUACACCAGUCGCAUCACGGCCCCCGAGUAUUCAUCUUCCUGAGCCCAGUAUGUCUCCCGAAUCCUCUCCUCAUAUUGGCCUACUGGGAGAUGAUGACGAAGAGGAAUCUCUGGAAAGAUAUGCCUGGUGGCCGUACAAGCACCUCCCUCCUCCUCAGGUGAUGGUGGCAAAGCUUUUCCCAACGGUCUAUGGUUGGCGGCAGAAGUCCAUCAUUGAUCGUAUCUUGGGCGUCGUUACCGUUCCGAGUGUCUUCCUGCUCACUGUUACACUUCCUGUUGUGGAACCAAACGAAGAUAACGCAGAACCCCCCGAUGAUGGCCAACGGCGUUCGAAUGGGGCCGACUGCGGACGAAGUCUAAGCCGGGCUGACCUGGCCCCAGAUACUCCUGAAUUCAUACCAAAAUCGAAUGACGCGGACGAGGCAUCUGGUGUGUAUGGUGCACCACUAUCCAGCUCACGAAAGAGCUCUAAACCAAUGUCAAGUGAUUCGGCGGAACCGAAAGACUGGAAUCGGUGGCUAGUGUUUGUGCAAGUCUUCACUGCUCCGUUCUUUAUCGUCACCAUUUCCUGGGCCAACAUGGACGAUGGGCAUAGCCUUCGGCUCUAUGUCCGCAUGGUUUUGGGGUCAUUGGUAUUCUCACUUGUUGCACUCAUGAUCUUGUUGUCUCUUACAUCUCCUCUUCGUGAGCCAAAGUAUCGACCGCUUCUGUGCUUUUUGGGCUUUGCCGUCGCCAUCGCCUGGAUCUCGACGAUUGCAAACGAAGUUGUUGGAGUCCUGAAGGCUCUUGGGGUCAUUCUCGGCAUGUCUGAUGCCAUUCUAGGCUUGACAAUUUUCGCCGUUGGCAAUUCUCUAGGUGAUUUGGUUGCAGAUAUCACUGUAGCCAAACUGGGAUAUCCUGUCAUGGCGCUCUCGGCGUGCUUCGGAGGACCUAUGUUGAAUAUCUUGCUGGGGAUCGGUAUUGGAGGCAUGUAUAUGACCAUCAAAAAUGCUACCCACAAGCAUGCGCGACAUCCUCACAAACCGAUCAAAUACAAGCCAUAUGAGCUUGAUGUGAGCACGACACUCAUGAUCUCGGGCGUCACCCUACUCCUUACCCUGAUCGGUUUACUCGUUGUGGUGCCGCUGAAUGGCUGGAGAAUGGAUCGGAAGAUUGGAAUUGGGCUCAUUGCAGUAUGGGCCUUGUCCACAGUCGGAAACGUGGCGGUAGAAGUCCUUGGAUAUGGGGAAGAUACGUGGUGA